AUGACGACGUCAGCUAAGAUUACAGAACAGAGGAAUAGUGGAAAGAGGAAUCGUUGUUGUGAACGAUGUAAAGACCAAUUCGAGUUGGAUGAACCGUAUUUCCUACUUGGAAGUGCUUCGUGGCACAUGAGAUGUUUUCUAUGUGCUCAAUGCAUGGAACCACUCGUAGCAACUACCUACUUUCAAUUUGAGAAUCGGAUCUAUUGUGAGCACGAUUUCAAGACGUUGUAUGCUCCAGUUUGUGCAAAAUGCAAUGAAUUUGUGAUUGGACAAGUCGUUCAUUCCUCCAAUUAUUCAUUCCAUUUCGCUUGUUUCACAUGCGACGAUUGUGACACUCAACUGAAUUCUCACGGAGCGUACCGAUAUCAUGGAAAAAUAUUAUGCUUUUCUUGCAAUCAGAAAAUGCCAAAAUUGAAAAUCUACAACUGCACGAAGUGCAAGCAACGAGUUGAAGACGAGGAUCUGCUGAUGUAUCAACAUGAACCAUAUCAUGCUUAUCAUUUCAAAUGUACCACGUGUAAAAAAGUAUUGGAGGUCGAUGCGAGAACAGUAAAAGACGAAUUAUUCUGUCCGCGUUGCUUCGAUUUUCAAUGUGAAGUGUGUUUUGAUUGCAAGAAAGCAAUCGAUCCCCAAAUCGAACAAAGUCUAUUCACAAUGAACAAGCAUUGGCAUAUUCAUCACUUCCGUUGUGCAACGUGUUCCCGUCCAUUUAACGGGCACGAGCAUUACGAGAAGAAUGGAAAAGCAUACUGUCGGGAUGACUUCCUUGAAUUAAUCGGGCAUCAUUGCUUUAUUUGUGACAAGAAUGUAGCAGGAGCAAUGGUUCAUGUAUUCGGAAAAGCAUUUUGUCCAGAUUGUUACAGAUGUAGAGGAUGUGAUAAGAUUCUUCAUUAUAAAGACAAAGUAAUGGAAUUGGAUUUGAUGCCGUUGUGCAAGAAAUGUAUUGGACACAAAAACUUUCAGAAGUCGUUAAAGUACAAAAGCAUCUAA